CUCCGGAGGAGACCGAGUCGUGACGAGGGUGCUUUCCUAGGCUGCCAAGGCUACGUAGCUAGUUCUCUCUUGCAGCUGUCGGCUUGAACCGUCUCCGCUUUGAUCGUUUUGGCGGCUCUGUGGGUACGCGAUGGCGACGGACACCGCACAGGUGAGGGGAGCGCACCACACACACAUGUGCAUGCGGCACACGAAAAGGCAGGCCAGCCAGACGGGCACCGAUCGUGUGGGUCGUGGGGUGAUCGACGUGAGAAGCGAGGAGGGGAAAUCUCGCAAGACGGCCGCUCUCUCUCACUCUGUGCGUCUGUGUCGCUUUCUGGCUGUCGGCGAUGUUGGACGAUCAGAAGCCGGACACUUUUCUGAUUGAGAAUCCCGAUGGCACCAUUGAUAGCAUGGCGGCGGCUGAGAACUACGCGGAGCAGCAGCAACAGCAACAGCAGGUGAGCUAAGACGCUCGGCACAUGACAGCGCGGCACACGGGGCAAGGGCGCACGUUGGUUGUCUUGUCUGGUACUGGGGGGUGCUGUCUGUCUGGUGUGUGUGUUGUGGCGUGCAGGCAGCUGGCGUCAAGGCUCGGCUUCGCUGCUACAGCUGCAACACACUGCUCGAGUAUGACGCUGGCGCUGCAUACGUUCAGGUGUGUAUGGGACACGCCAUCGCAACACACACGAUCUCGGUGUCACACGUCGGCCUCCUAUGCGAUAUAUCUGUCCAUCUGUCUGUCUGUCUGUCAAUCCGGGCGCCUGUCCUGUCGUCUAGUGUUACACGUGCCGCACGAUGAACUCAGUUCUUCCGGGGGCAGAGACCGGCGGACGAGUAAGCAAAGCAAAGCAACCCCAACUCACACACCCCACGAGCCGAUAUACGCGAUGUGAUGUGCAUGUUGGUUGGUUCCUCUGUCUGUCUCUGUCUCGAUGCGUGGGAUGGCGUGUGGGUGCCUGCAGGUGUUGAGUAUGUUGUGUGUGGUGUGCAACACCACCAACCUGGCGCCAUACGGCACAGCGUACGUCCGAUGCGGCACCUGCCAAACCAUCUCACAGGUCAGGCCGGGCCGGACCGGGCCGGGCCGUCACACCCGUGUGUCGCAAUGAACACAGCACUCCUCACUCUUGUCUUGUUGUGUGUGUGGUUUAAACGUCUGACACUCACUCACUCCCUCAGGUAUCUCACGUAUACGAGCAGGAAGCGGAGAGCCAGCGUCAGGCGGCAGCAGCGGCGGCCGGCCGUGUGGGUGGGGGUCGUGGGAGGGGGAGGGGUGCGGGCAGCGGCGGCUCAUCUCCCAACCCCAACCCCAAUGAGGCACCCACACAGGCGCUACUCGGCAACCAGGCCACCUGACUGAAGAGGGUUGGAGGGAGGGAGGGAGGGGGGAGGAAGGGAGUGAGGGGUGGCGGUUGGUCGGUUGGUCGGUCUUGGUCGGCUGACUGACUGUUAUUACCUUUUUUCUUGAUGGGGUCGUUACUUUUGGGGGUCUGUCGGCGAUUGAUUGUUUCUCAUUCCAUCAUACCUACUAUACCUUGCCUGUCUGUCUGCAUGUCUGUCUGUCUGUCUGUCUGUCUGGACAAGCCGUGUGCGAACGAGUGCUUAACUAAUGGUCGGUCGGUCGGCCUGCCUCUCCCCAUCAAUCAAUGAAUGCCUAUGUUGCUUUCAACGAACUGCAGGAUGGCCGGCCGGAGCUGGAGGGAUGGAUGGAUGGAUGGAUGAAGAUACGUGUGUGUGUCUGUGUGUGUGGUGUUUGUUUGUUGUAGAGUACAUUGGUGCCUGCAAUGACUCUCCCUCCCUCCCUCCCUCUCUCUGUCUUUCUUCUCAGUGGCCCUGCCCACUUCCGUCCAUCCGAAUGCUUUGGAAUAAUCAAUGGUACAGCUAGUACAUGGCCUCAAACAGGCGGUCCCUUGCCUCCCCUCCCCCUCUCCCUCUCUCCCUGUGUGCCGCCCCGGCUGUCUGUCUGCCUGUCUGCCUGUCUGUCUGUCUGUCUGUCUCGGUACCUUUCCUCUCCUCCAUGCGUAAUCCUUCUUUGUCAGAGUGAGGGGUCCAUCCCAUCAUCCUCUGUGUGCGUGCGUGAUUUGUUGGCCCUCCAUAGACACAUGACAUGAUGAUGGAGGCAUCUGAUGAUGCCAUCCAUCAUGGAUUCAUCGACACACGUGACUAACUGACUGCCAUGGUUGACAUGGUGACAUGGUGACAUGGUUGACUUGCUUGGUUCAUUCAUUCAUUCAAAGCGAGAUAGCUACCUAUCGUGAUGCGUGGCCAGCAUGCAUGUGUGAUGCAUGCAUAUGUGAUGCACACACGUGCAGUACAUGCAGUGAAGACAAUGACCGUACGUAUAUACAUACCGUUUGUUUCAAUCAACCAACCAACGAUCUUC